AUGCAGAUCUCCAAACUCGCAUUCAUCCUCUCCAUGGCUCUGGCUACCGUCGCCGAUGGCCCGCCACCUACAUUCGAGUGCUCAUCCACCCCCGGCGGUAACGGAGUCUGCCAUUACGACCCGACCAACCAGGCGCAGGCCGAUUGUGUCGACUGCUCACCCGAUGCCGGCACUGGAGCUUGUGUUGUCAACGGACAAAGCUUUGCCUGCACCGUGCGGGACAUGCUGGAGACCGCCUGUCGACGAUGGGCGGAUGACAGGUUGCCAUCCCAGUAUGCGGGUACUGCGAUGGAACCGUCUUCAAGUGCUACGGUCCGAAGUGCGAGAGGUCUCGCGGGCCUCCCUAGUCUCGCGACCACAUACACCUCAUCCACGAUGCCUGCGACGGGGCUCCACCGGGCAGGUGUCAACAUGACGACACGCCACAAUUUUACGAUUGCAAGCGAGAGGAGAAGGACUCCACGUGCGCCGAGAACAGUGGUCUUGCACGAUCAAUUUCGACACUGGGGAUGUCGUCCUAUGAGUAAGGCGCUUGUCCGAAUGGUGAGUCGCGAAGCGGAGACUGGAUGA